AUGAGCAAAAGCUAUGACCCCAAAGAAACUAGAGACUUCGCUCUCGAGGAGAGCUACUUCAGGGAAGCUCGGAUAGAAGGCCAAUCUGACGGCGGUGUCUCAACCGUACCCACCCUCGACGAGAUGAUCACUCUGACCGCUUCUCCAAGUACCAGGAAAAGGCACAGCAUGAGUUUCAACAUUGCGGCAACAGAUCACACGCGCCGGCAAUUCGCGAACGCAUAUCGUCAAGUCCGACAGCUGGGCGAGCACAACCUUGCUCACCUGCUCUGUGGUCACAUCAAUGGGGUCUUUGGCCCAACUGUCGACAAGGUUGUGAACUUGAUAGACUCGGAAAUGACUGUGGUCAGAGAACUGAUAGAGGACCACUUGACGGGUUUUAAGGCCAUCGUGGCUGGAGUGGGAACAGGGUCCAAGCGACAGGCACGGUACCUGAUCCUUCAUCCUCGACAGACCAUUUACAUGCCCCAAGGCACGAUCCACUACUUCUUCCGCAAGCACAGCUACCCGACCCUGAUCACAGGUGGGUUUGGCCGAGUGACACCCUGUUACCUCGAGUUGAACAUUCUGGAUGAUACUGGCGGUCGUCGGCCUUGA